UCUCUCUCUCUCCCUCUGCCUCUCUCUCCGGUUCAGGAAGGAGAUGGAAAGGCCAACGCCAUGCUGCGAGAAGAAUGGGCUGAGGAAAGGGAAAUGGACAGAAGAAGAGGAUGAGAUAUUGGUCAAGUACAUAGCAGAGAAUGGAGAAGGUUCCUGGAAAUCGGUUGCAAAAAAUACUGGUCUGCUGAGAGGCGGCAAGAGUUGCAGGUUAAGAUGGAUUAAUUACCUAAAAGCUGGUGUUAAAAGAGGAAACUUCUCCAAGGAGGAGGAGGAGAUUAUCAUCAAGUUUCAAGCUUCCUACGGAAACAGGUGGUCUCUGAUAGCCAGUAAUCUACCUGGUAGAACUGAUAACGAAAUAAAGAACUACUGGAACUCUCACCUUUGUCGUCGCCUUCACAGCUUCCAUAGAAACGAAGAAACCAUAAUUGUUGAUCUCUGCACCCUAUACAGAUGCGGCAAGCGACGCCGAGGCGGCCAUGCGGCGGCGUCUUCAAGCUCCCCUUCUACUGCCCUUCAGCCUACAAACAACACUUUUGCUGUAGAAGAACAAAUGCAAAAUAUUGAUAAUGAUUCCAGAGGCUCUGAUUUUAACUUGGAUGAGAUUUUUCAAAGUCCAUUUAGUUGUUGUGUUUCUCAUGCAAAUUGGGAAUGUUUAGUAAUGGCGGAAGAGGGAGUGAACGAGAGAGAGGAUAAGGAGAAGGAGCUUUGUCGUGAAACGCUGGAGACAUCAAAAUCACCAUCGCUCUGGGAUGCGACCUGGUGAAUGGGAACAGUGAGAAGAACUCCAUGAAAAUAAGGGGAGAGAUGCUUUUUUAAUAUUAUUGAAGAAGAUAAUUCAAUUGCUUUGGUUUUUUGAGUUUGGCGUUAUAUAUUAUGUGUGGUAAAAAAUUUUCUAAUGUAUUGAGG